AAAAGGGCAAACGACAUUUAACCCACACGAUACCCUAAUCGAGUCAAAACUAGUCUUCUCCUCCUCUCCUCCCUCAAUCUCCAUCUCUUCUCUCCGCAGCCUCUUUUUCUCGAAAACCCUAAAUUGCAGAGGAGACCGACGCAGCCGAAGCUCUCUAGCCAAAGAAGCGAAAAUGAGCCUGGGAGCUAUUUCGGGAGCCAAGGCCAAGAAGAAGGGAGCUUCGUUCGUGUGAAUAAGAUCAUGGACAUCGCCUGACUGGAGAAGUUCCUCCAGAAGCAAAUCAAGGUCGGCGCCACGGCCGGUGCUCUCGCUGACUCUGUUUCCGUCACUCGUGAGAAGAACAAGAUCACCGUCACUUCUGACUCCACCUUUUCCAAUGUACCAAUUUGCGUCGAAUUCAACUCUCGCGGCCUGUUUUGUCUUCUGGUGGAAAGGCUUGAGCUUUUCUGAUCCAUAUGGGAAAGUGAUCUUGAUUACAGAAUCUGUUGAUUGAACUCAUUAUUCAUAGAAUGCAUCACUCACCUGAGUUAAUGCAUCUGGCAAGCAGUGCGUGUAUAUUAGAACUAUUGGCAGAGCCCUUGUAUAUCCUUUCUCAAAACUUGCUUCUGCUUAAACUAAGGCUAGCAGUUGAAACAGCUGCUACCUUUUUUCACUCCAUAACAACAGCCAUUCUCUUUGGCAUGCGAGUUGACAUGGAAAAAGAGAUUAUAUUUGCAUUGUCACAAACAGCUUAUGGAAUGUGCUUGUUCCUAGGGUAUUGGGUCUACUUUCUUCGUUUUCGUCCAUAUAGAAGUUCUGCUCUUUUCCCCUUCAGGUCCAAAGAGCACCAGCCCCACCCAAGGAAUCAAUACCUCACCACCCAAGGAAUCAAUGAAGUUGGCAAUGGAGGGUAGUUCUGCUGUAAAUGGUAGUGCAUCAGCCUCAACACAGCCUCCUCAAAGCAGCCAAAAUCACGCAGCAAGGAGUG